AUGACGACCCCGAUCAUAGCCGGUGAUGCGGCAUUAGGUCCAGUUUAUUUCUGGCGCGAAUUCGAACAACCCUACGGUUUUCUAAGCCAAUGGUAUGAGUCGGCUUUUGAGGUGGACGGCGUGACAUAUGUGACGGCGGAGAUGUGGAUGAUGGUGCAGAAGGCGGGGUUGUUUGGGGAUGAGGAAACGGCGCAGGCGAUGAUGAAGACGACGGUGCCGAGUGAGCAUCAGGCGCUUGGGAGAAAGGCUAGGGGGUUUGAUCGGGGGAAGUGGGAUGAGCACAAGAGUCGAAUCGUCGAGGAGGGGAAUUAUCACAAGUUCACCAAGGGCAAGGAGAGUACGGAGAUGGCGAGGUUGUUGCUUGCGACUGGUGAGAGGGAGUUGGUUGAGGCGUCCCCGACGGAUCGGAUAUGGGGCGUCGGUUUUGCUGCGGCAAACGCUGGGGAUAAUCGCGAGCAAUGGGGGGAGAAUCGACUUGGGAAAGCGAUCAUGAAUGUCAGGCAGAAGUUGAGGGAGGAGGGCAGAUGA